UUACGACCAUGUUCCCUACACGAGUGAAAUGUCUGCAAAGGCUGCUACAGCUUAAGCACACAUGUUGGUGCCCUACGUCUCUUGGAAAAGCACCUUGCUCCAGACUGGUUCUGGGCAUUGAGACGAGCUGUGACGAGACUGGAGCUGCUGUGCUGGACGAGACAGGCGCCAUCCUGGGGGAGUCUCUCCAUUCACAGAAAGAAGUUCACCUGAGGACCGGCGGCAUCAUCCCCACAGUGGCCCAGCAGCUCCACAGAGAGAACAUAGAGCGCGUGGUCCAGGAGGCUUUGGAGAGGAGCGGCGUGGACCCGAGCCGCCUCUCGGCCGUGGCCACCACUGUGAAGCCCGGCUUGGGCCUGAGCCUAGGGGUCGGCCUCGAGUUCAGCCGGAAGUUUGUGAGGCGACACAACAAACCCUUCAUCCCCAUCCACCACAUGGAAGCCCACGCCCUGACCGUCAGGAUGCUCCGACCCGUCGCCUUCCCCUUCCUGGUCCUGCUGGUCUCUGGGGGUGACUCGCUUCUCGCCGUGACUCGAGGAGUCGAUGACUUCUUGCUCCUGGGUCACGCUCUGGACGAAGCUCCAGGGGACACACUGGAUAAAGUGGCGAGACGUUUGUCCCUCAUCAAACACCCGCAGUGCUCCACAAUAAGUGGAGGACAAGCUAUUGAGCUUCUAGCAAAGGAUGGCGACAGGACGAGGUUCCCUUUCAGGACGCCGAUGGGACAAACGUACGACUGCUGCUUUUCUUUCGCCGGGCUACGGAAUCAAAUCAACAAGACGAUAAUGAAGAGCGAGGCAGAGGAAGGUAUAGAACAGGGGACACUGUUGUCAUGUGUGAAUGACAUUGCAGCUUCUACGCAGCACACAGUGGCCUCUCACCUUGCAAAGCGAACACAUCGCGCCAUCUUGUUCUGUAAAGCCAACGGCCUGCUGCCAUCAAACAGUCCCACCCUGGUGCUGUCUGGAGGAGUUGCAAGCAAUCGGUACAUCCGCAAAGCAUUGGCCACUAUCACCGACGCAACCGCACUAAGCCUGCUCUGUCCUCCAGCCAAGUUCUGCACUGACAACGGCGUGAUGAUUGCAUGGAACGGCGUUGAACGCCUGAGAGAAGGGAAAGGGAUCCUCCCUCCAGAUGUGGACGUCUCCUACGAGACAAAGGCACAGCUGGGUGUUGACAUGAUGGCGGAGGUGAAGGCAGCAGCAAUCAGGAUGCCGUCAGUCAGGAUGAAGAUCCCCAGAUGACACCAUGUUGGCCUUUUUGUCACUCUGAAACGUUCACUGUGUAGUACAGUAUAUACUAUGUGUAUACGAAACAAUAGACAUAUUUUGCUGUAUGCAUGCACUUAUAUUUGGUUUUGUAUGUAAAUCUGGUUUGUCUCUCUUAUUGUAUGAUCACCAAAUACAUUUUAAUAGAGUUGUAUGGUCUCCUAUCUUAAAAUGAGAACUGUAGAACAUUACAACAACAAAAUAGAGCUGAGUAUAUACAGCUUUUAAUGAUAUUGCGUAAAUCCCAUUAAAUGAUGUCAAACCACUGUACUUCC